UCUCCGCCGCGGCCGCGCCGCCAGCAGCCGCAGCCGCUGCUCCUCCCCGGCGGCCGCCCCGCGGGUCCCUCCCUGGCUGCAGGAGACGCGGAGGUAGAGGAGGACGCCGCCGAGCCGCGCCGCCCGCACCCGAACCCUUCGCCUCGCCCUGCCGGUCCUCACUCUGUGGGAGGAACAUGGAUAAUCUCAGUGACGCAUUAAAGAAGCUGAAGAUAACAGCUGCUGACAAGACAGAGGGCAGCUUGGAAGGAUGCUUGGAUUGUCUGCUUCAAGCCUUGGCUCAAAAUAACGCAGAAACAAGUGAAAAAAUACAAGGAAGUGGAAUUCUUCAGUUGUUUGCAAACCUGUUGACGCCACAGGCCUCCUGCACAGCCAAAGUAGCCAACAUCAUAGCCGAAGUAGCCAAAAAUGAAUUUAUGCGAAUCCCAUGUGUAGAUGCCGGAUUGAUUUCACCACUGGUACAACUGUUAAAUAGCAAAGACCAGGAAGUGCUGCUUCAAACUGGCAGGGCAUUAGGAAACAUAUGCUACGAUAGCCAUGAGGGCAGAAGUGCAGUUGACCAAGCAGGUGGUGCACAGAUUGUAAUUGACCGUUUAAGGUCGCUGUGCGGUAGAGCAGACCCCGCCAAUGAGAAGCUGUUGACUGUCUUUUGUGGCAUGCUGAUGAACUAUAGCAAUGAGAAUGAUUCCCUUCAGGCUCAGCUAAUCAAUAUGGGUGUCAUCCCGACCUUAGUGAAGUUACUGGGCAUCCACUGCCACAACGCUGCUCUGACAGAGAUGUGCCUCGUGGCAUUUGGGAACUUAGCAGAACUCGAGUCGAGUAAAGAACAGUUUGCUAGCACAAACAUUGCCGAAGAACUGGUAAAACUAUUCAAGAAACAAAUAGAGCAUGAUAAAAGAGAAAUGAUUUUCGAAGUUCUAGCUCCAUUGGCAGAAAAUGACGCCAUUAAACUGCAGCUGGUUGAAGCAGGUUUGGUCGAGUGCCUCCUAGAAAUCGUUCAGCAGAAGGUGGACAGUACCAAAGAGGAUGACCUUGCUGAGCUCAAAACUGCUUCAGACCUCAUGGUUUUAUUACUUCUUGGAGAUGAAUCCAUGCAGAAACUUUUUGAAGGAGGAAAAGGCAGUGUGUUCCAAAGGGUGCUCUCUUGGAUUCCAUCGAAUAACCACCAGCUGCAGCUUGCUGGGGCAUUAGCCAUUGCAAAUUUCGCCAGGAAUGAUGGGAAUUGUAUUCAUAUGGUAGACAAUGGGAUUGUAGAAAAACUCAUGGAUUUGCUGGACAGACACGUCGAAGACGGGAACGUGACGGUACAGCAUGCAGCACUGAGCGCUCUCAGGAACCUAGCCAUUCCAGUUGUAAAUAAAGCAAAGAUGUUAUCAGCCGGGGUCACAGAGACGGUUUUGAAAUUCCUUAAAUCUGAAAUGCCCCCAGUUCAGUUCAAACUCCUGGGAACGCUAAGAAUGUUAAUAGAUGCACAAGCAGAAGCUGCUGAGCAACUGGGAAAGAACGCUAAGUUGGUGGAGCGCUUGGUUGAGUGGUGUGAAGCCAAAGAUCAUGCCGGUGUGAUGGGCGAGUCAAACAGGCUGCUGUCCGCUCUCAUACGACACAGUAAAUCAAAAGAUGUAAUUAAAACCAUUGUACAGAGCGGUGGCAUCAAGCAUCUAGUUACCAUGGCAACUAGUGAGCAUGUGAUAAUGCAGAAUGAGGCUCUCGUCGCGUUGGCCCUAAUAGCAGCUUUGGAAUUGGGUCCUGCGGAGAAAGAUCUCGCAAGUGCUCAGCUUGUCCAGAUCCUACACCGACUGCUGGCAGAUGAGAGAAGUGCCCCGGAAAUCAAGUAUAACUCCAUGGUUCUGAUCUGUGCUCUCAUGGGCUCUGAAUCACUAUACAAGGAAGUACAGGAUUUGGCCUUCCUAGAUGUUGUAUCCAAACUUCGAAGUCAUGAGAACAAAAGUGUUGCCCAACAGGCCUCGCUCACAGAGCAGAGACUUACAGUGGAAAGCUGAGAACUGCCCCUUCCUGGCACCAGGCAUCAUCCCAGCUCCGACUCCCCCACUGUUCUCCAUCCAGCCGCUCCUGAGACUCCAUUCUCUACUACAUCACUUGUGCAUGCGUGUAAUGUUCCAGUACCAAUGGACGAACCGCCGUAGGUACCUGCCUAAUAAGAUUUCUAAACCCAUAGUUAAUGUGAACCUGACCGUCCAAGCCAGUCUCCACCCAUAACUGUUAGACCCUGCAUUCCCGAUGCCUGAGCUCCAUUAAGUAGAAUGUGCAUGUCGUACUCCCAUGACGAUGUAGACUUGGUACUACAUGCUGACUUGCUCCUCACACGCAGUAACCUACAUAAUAAUGUACUGGUAACUUAGAAUCAAAGACUGCAGCGGGGUCUGUCCAGCUUAUUUAAAGGUGAAACCGAAUGCUCAGAGUAGCAACGUGGUUUUUGUUGUUGUUUUGUUUUUUGGUUUAUUUUUUGGUGCUGGGAAAGCACAGUGAUCAAAAGAACGGUGUGGCUGCUCCUUCAUUAGUCUCCUACCAACGUCAGGCCCGUUAACACCUAGAGUUGAACAGGUUCAGCACUCAUUCUUUCCCUGCGAUUUCUCCCUUUUUCUUUUUCUGAGCUGUAUAGGCAGCUUGCCAGACACCGUGGCAAACCUUCCUGGAGCUCCUCGUUCCAUGUUUAACUGACAGUGGUACAGAGGCCCAGGACUGGAACGUGGUUUUCAGUGUCAGCAGAAUGUAGGAAGGAGUUAAACCCUAGCACACCGAACCACUUUGGAUCCUGCCUGUACUUCAGAUUCCAAUUUGUUUGUAGUUAACGUCUAAGACUUCAUCAGUAGCCAGCAUUGUCAAUGUGUGUCUCUGCAACGUCCUUGGCAUUUGUUCAGUGAAGGAAACCUGAGGAUGGCUUGUUUGGUGCAGAACGGACUUUUUUUUUUUCCUCUGGUUUUCAUCAUUCAGGGUGAAAACGGGGGGCUUCGUCUUUCACGCUCCUUUUCAAUGUGCUAAUUCCCGAUGAACGUAAGAGGAAACACGACGUAAGCUUGCCUACACUAAAGAAAGGAAGGCCGGUUUUAAAAGCCAUAGUAGCCAGUCCAGUACAUUCUGCAGAUGGCCUCAUAGCAAUCACUGUUAGAGUUCUUCACCUCCACUUUCCCACUGAGAACCACAAUAAUCUCCCGGCUGUAAGCCGGGACUCGAUGUAAAGACUCUUCUUGGCAAAAUGUAGUGUGCUCAUCACUGCCACUUACCACCACCAAGUGAGUUUUUAGAGCUCUGACACACAAUCUUUAUAAAUGAAUCAGGAUUCCCUGUGACCCGCCUGCCUCCUCACACCCAAGUUUGAGCCCUGCUGGUGUCCAAGGGAGGCUGGGCUCUGUUACAGGAAUGGAGGGCAGUGAGAGGGCUGCUGAGAGGGGACCAGCUCCUUCCUCCCCGACAGGAGAUACAUGCAUCUCUGCAUUCUCUAAGUCAGACUUUGCUUUUCACACUUUUAAAUUCAAGAAAGAUCUACCUAAUUUAAGUAAAAACCCGACUGACAAUUCUCUCUGAUGUCCAAAUAAGGGAACUUUGGUGAGCGCCUGUGCUACACUCACUGUAGGAACGAGUUCUUUAUUGUCUUUCUCCUGGGCUGGAUAAGUGGACUGAUGUUGCAUAAUACUGUCCAUAUUAAUAACUUAAUAAAUAAAUAGUAUAUGAAACUACA